GGUUCGAGUUACCACCCUGAUGAUACUGUAGAAGAAUGCGACGUAUCUUAAGUUUGGUACAUUUGGUACACAUUACUAUUACUGUUUUUCAGAGUUGAAAUCUAAAACUUAUUGUUAAUUUGUUUUUGUUACAUUAGACUUCAGACCCGAUCCACGCAUCGUGACGUAAAGUACAUUGUUUUUGAAAGCUGCCUCAGACAGCUGUUUGAAAAAUGUCCGGUGUGUAAGACAGACUGUGAUGUCCAAACAAGAAAAGUGGGGACCUAUGUGGCGUUCACACAGCGUUGUUCAAACUGCAGUUUCUUCAGAAAAUGGGAGAGCCAGCCCGUCAUCGGAAGUACCCCGGUUGGCAACUUACAAUUAUCCGCUGCUACAUACUUCACUGGGGGUUCCUUCUUCCAACUACGAAAGAUAUGCAGAGCCAUGCAGCUGGAGAUCAUCGGGUAUGGGACCUUCAGGAGGCAUGCUAAGAGUUACCUGGAGCCUGCUAUUAUCCACAAGUGGAACACUGAUCAGCAGCAGAAUUUCGAUAAUCUACAACAACAGGGGGGAAAGGUCGCAGUUGCAGGAGAUAUGAGAGCAGACUCUCCAGGACACUCGGCUAAGUUCGGGAGCUACACACUCAUGAACCUGGGAAGCAACACCAUUCUGGACUUCCAGCUUGUUCAGAGCAAUGAAGUAGGUGGUAGUUACCACAUGGAAAAGGAGGGACUCAAAAGAUGCCUAGAUCAUCUGGAGUCAAAGGAUUUGGCGGUUGAGUACAUUGUGACUGACAGUCAUCCGCAGAUCCAGAAGUACCUGAGGGAACGCAACAUCGAACAAUUCUAUGAUGUGUGGCACUUUGAAAAAGGUUUGUCCAAGAAACUUCUGAAACUUACACAGAACAAGGACUGUGACACGAAGUUGAAGAGGUGGCUGCGCAGCAUAAAAAACCAUGUCUACUGGAGUGCGACGAGCACAACCUCGGGGCCGGAGAAGGUGGCAAGGUGGACGUCACUGGUCAACCACCUACAAAACGUUCACGUGCAUGAUGACCCCCUGUUCCCCAAGUGCACACAUCCUGUAGGAGCCGCAAGCGAUGCAAAUAAACCUUACCUAAAAGGUGGCUCAAUAACACUCGCCAGAGUUGAAACGAUACUCACCAACAAGAGAGUUCUCAAAGAUGUGCUAAAGCUAAGCCAUCACUACCAGACCUCAUCCCUGGAGUCCUUCCACAACUUAAUUCUGCGUUUUACCCCAAAAAAUGUGGUUUUCCCCUUCAUUGGAAUGUUGUGCAGGUUGUGUCUAGCAGCAAUGCAUCACAACGAGAAUGCUGGGCGUGACCAAGCGACAACUGCUGCAGGAAAACUUGUCUUCAAAUUGGCUUAUCCAAAAUCAAAGAGGGGAGAGUGUACGGUCAAGUCUGUUAAGAACGACCCUACAUACAUCUAUGUGGAUGAGCUGACGAGGCUUGUGUUUCACAAAGUAUUUCUGGACCCUACACCCUUUGUGGACGAGCUGAAACGAAUCCACGUCCCAGAGGACCUGUCAACUCAAUUUGACAGGCCCCCCAAGGAGGAAAUGAUUGUCAGCCGUUUCUCCCGUUUCCCCCCAAAGGAGGUCGAAAUCCUACAUAUUGUCCAGCCAGAUCUGGAAACUCCUGGCGGAUCCGGAGCACAACACACGACGGAAUCACCACUCUGAUGCCUCGCCCUAAAUAUCCCCAGCACCAGCUUACAAAGCUGCGAUACGCAAGAUAUCGAAAACGCCUAUCGGGAGAGGAAUGGAUGAUGUACAUUACAUUCAAAUAUAAAUAUACAUUCACACAUUUUGUACAUUUGUAAAAAUAAAGUUUGAUGGAAAUACUUA